AUCAUCACAUAAUUUUUUGCCCCAGAGCAUUUUAAUUAUUUUUCUGUUCCUUGUUCUUCCCUCCCUCCCUUUCUUCUCACCCUUUGAGCUUCUUACCACCGCGGCACCGCUUCCUCUCUCUCUCUCUCUCUCUUCACCGCCUUCUGCCGCCGUCGCUCCACCACCAAUUACACGGAUAUAUGCUUUUUUUCUUAUUGAGCGAGUAAAAGUUUAGGGUAAUCAUGCAAAAAGAUGGUAAUACUGCUAUCCCGUCAACGCCAACCGGUCGGAUUCGACAUCGGAGGCGUUCAAAUGAGGUUGUUCCAGAUGUUAGUAAAGCAAAUGGAAGCCAAAUGCUUGUUGAUGAUCGCGGUAAAUACAAGUCAAUGUUGAUUCGGACAUACUCUUCAGUAUGGAUGAUUGGGGGCUUUGCCUUAAUCAUUUAUAUGGGCCAUCUGUAUAUAACAGCGAUGGUUGUUGUUAUCCAAAUAUUUAUGGCAAAAGAGCUGUUCAAUCUGCUCAGGAAAGCGCACGAAGACAGGCAACUCCCGGGGUUUAGGCUGCUAAACUGGCACUUUUUCUUCACUGUGAUGCUGUUUGUGUACGGUCGCAUUCUUAGCCUGCGGCUUGUCAAUACUGUAACUUCUGACAAGUUCCUAUAUCAGCUUGUUAGCAGCCUUAUCAAGUAUCAUAUGGUUAUUUGUUACUUCUUGUACAUCGCAGGUUUUAUGUGGUUCAUCCUUACGUUAAAGAAGAAGAUGUACAAGUAUCAAUUUGGCCAGUAUUCAUGGACACACAUGAUUCUGAUCAUUGUGUUUACGCAGUCCUCCUUCACCGUAGCCAAUAUUUUUGAAGGAAUCUUCUGGUUUCUUCUUCCUGCAUCGCUUAUUGUUAUCAACGAUAUUGGUGCAUAUUUCUUUGGUUUCUUCUUUGGAAGAACCCCUCUAAUCAAACUAUCUCCAAAGAAAACUUGGGAGGGAUUUAUUGGAGCAUCUUUUACAACUAUCAUCUCGGCAUUUUUGCUAGCAAACAUAUUGGGUCGUUUUCCAUGGCUAACAUGCCCGAGGAAGGAUUUGUCAACUGGUUGGCUUGAAUGUGAUCCUGGUCCAUUGUUUAAACCGGAGCAUUAUAGAUUAACUGGAUGGAUUCCUCAGUGGUUUCCUUGGAAAGAAUUCUCUGUAUUACCAGUUCAAUGGCACGCUCUUUGUCUAGGUCUGUUUGCGUCAAUAAUUGCACCUUUUGGGGGCUUCUUUGCUAGUGGUUUCAAGAGAGCUUUCAAAAUCAAGGAUUUUGGUGAUAGUAUCCCCGGACAUGGUGGAAUUACUGAUAGAAUGGAUUGUCAGAUGGUAAUGGCUGUAUUUGCAUACAUCUAUCAUCAGUCAUUUGUUGUGGCUCAAGGCGUUUCUGUCGAGACGAUCUUAGACCAGAUAUUGAUGAACCUUACUCUCGAGGAGCAGCACGCUCUAUACGUGAAGCUCGGCCAAAUCUUGCAGGAGAGGUUGGUCGGAUAGUCAGGUCCUGUGUAAACUCUCAUCUCUUUCUCUCUCUAUUUCUCACAUUCAUUUUUCUAGAGAGGACAGAUGAAGAAUAUGUUGUGUAAUUUGUAUUUAGUGUUGCUGAAAUCUUUAAGACAGGCAUUCUUAUGCGUGCACACUCUUUGGAGUCUACUUCUCUCUAUUGCACAUUUCGAGAUGAAAUGUGUUUCCUCUCUCUGAUGCAUAUGCUGAAAGUAGUGAACAUGGGGUGUGAAAAUAAAAAGGAAAAAGCGGAUUCAGGACGAUGUGGUGUCGAAAGUGUCGGCGCCAUUGGUCAGCUGCAAGAAGAUUUAAGAUCCCAUGUUUAUCAUCUGCAGACCGCUUACAAGGAACAGAGAAUGCUGUAAAUGAACUGUAGAAGCCAUGUAUGAUUUUUAUUUUAAGUCUCAAGAUAGAAAUUAUGGAGUUAGAAACAUUUUUUUUUUACCCCCAAAGAUAGAUUAACACAAUCUAGAAAGAAAAUCGGUAAAUAAGUUUAUGCUUGAGAUAUUCACUCUAUGAAGGGGAGGAGAUACAAUAUUAUUUGGUAAUUGCGUAUGUUAAGACAUGAGGUGCUU